CGGUCCAAUCAGGAAGCGCGGACAUUCUGCAGCAAGAGACAGGGCCCAGUUUUAGCGAUGGAGCACUAAUCGAGCAUUUAGCAGGACGGAAAAAGAGAUAAAGCCCAACAAGCGAUAACUGGAUAAAGGAGCGUAAAGAUAAAAGCGGGAGCAUUAGCUUACCUGCAAGCAUGUCGGUGGAACCCGCCCCAGACGAAGCCAUGAACUCCACUCCAGCCCUUAAGAACCCUGCAGUUCCUCCACCUGCCUCGGAUUUUGAUCUGGCUCCAAAACCACACUCGGAGUUCUCAGAGCCCAAUUUGCAGCCAAAUGAGGAGCCAGGUCCUGCACCUUCACACGGCGCAAAUGCAGCCUAUAAGAUCAUGACCUUCAGGCCCACCAUGGAAGAGUUCAGCGACUUUGCAAAGUACAUUGCGUAUAUGGAAUCUCAAGGAGCACAUCGCGUAGGCUUAGCUAAGGUCAUUCCUCCUAAAGAGUGGAAGCCUAGACGUUCUUACGAUACCAUCGAUGAAAUGGUCAUUCCUGCUCCCAUCAUGCAAGUGGUCACUGGUCAGUCAGGACUUUUCACGCAAUACAACAUCCAGAAGAAGUCCAUGACUGUGGGAGAAUAUCGCAAACUGGCCAACAGCAAAAAGUACUGCACUCCUCAGCAUAAAGACUUUGAUGAUCUGGAGAGAAAGUACUGGAAAAAUCUGACGUUUGUGUCACCGAUCUACGGCGCAGAUAUCAGCGGCUCACUAUAUGAUCCUGACAUAACGGAGUGGAACAUUGGCCAUCUGAACACACUGCUGGACAUGGUGGAGCAGGAGUGUGGGAUCGUGAUCGAGGGCGUUAACACCCCCUACCUCUAUUUUGGCAUGUGGAAGACCACGUUCGCCUGGCACACCGAGGACAUGGACCUCUACAGCAUUAACUACCUGCACUUCGGCCAGCCCAAGUCCUGGUAUGCUGUUCCUCCUGAACACGGAAAGAGGCUCGAAAGACUGGCGAAAGGGUUUUUUCCUGGCAGCUCUCAGGGAUGCGAUGCGUUUCUUCGUCACAAGAUGACCCUUAUCUCUCCCUCCAUCCUGAGGAAGUACAGCAUCCCUUUCGAUCGAAUUACACAGGAAGCAGGGGAGUUCAUGAUCACGUUCCCGUACGGCUACCACGCAGGAUUCAACCACGGCUUCAACUGUGCCGAGUCCACCAACUUCGCCACACUCCGCUGGGUUGACUAUGGCAAAAUGGCAAUGCUGUGCACGUGUCGGAAGGACAUGGUGAAGAUCUCCAUGGACGUGUUCGUACGCUGCUUGCAGCCGGACCGCUACGAACUGUGGAAGAAAGGCAAGGACACGCCCAUCCUGGACCACCAAAGGCCCACCACACUGACCAGCCCUGAACUGGAGUACUGGAGGAAAAACAGAGUGACCUAUAAGGAGAAACAGAUUCGCAGAGUUCAGCAGAAAAUAAAGCAGGUGCGCCGACUAAAGCCUGAGGAACUAAAGUUGCUGUCUGACGAGGGAAUUGACCUGGACCUGGAUGAUUAUCAGAAGCGGCUGGAGGAGAAGGAGGCCGAGAGGAAGCAGCAGAGGGAGGAGAAGAUGACCAGAGAGGCCAUGCUUACUCUGGAGGCACUUGAGAGGGAGGAACAGGAGGCUGCAAUCCGAGAAGGAGCAACCUCCCAGCAGCCUGAAGUCAAAAAGGAGCCCAAGCAGGCAGAAGAAGAUGAGCAAAAAAAGAAGAAGAAGAAGAAACAGGUUAAAUCGCCUGAGGAGGACGGCUUUCAGGAGGCGUUCAAAAAUUACAAAUUGUCCAAGGCGAACGAGGGUGAGAGUAAUGGAGGCACAGUGCUCAACAGCUCAGAUACCAGCUUACAGACCAACUCCUACCCGAAGAUGAAGAUGAAGGUGGAGGUGAAGAAGAGUCGUAGACAUCCAUUCAGCAAACCACCCAUGCGCACCCCGACUUUCAUUGUCAAACAGGAGGCUUCCAGCGACGAGGAGAUGUACUCAGGGCUGUCAGUAGGCGGUGCAGUGGAGCAGGAAGCAAAGAAGCAGGAUCAGUGUCCCUUGUGGCAAACCCUUUCACCCGACUUUGUGGCAGAGAAGCAGUUUAAUGCUGGCAUGGCAACACUGGAGCCACACUGUGCUGUCUGUAUGAUGUUCUGCCCUUACUCACAGCCCCAAAAGGACAGCACUGUUGCCGACGCCGCCAGCAUUUCCAUGUCUCGUUGUGGUGAACAGACUCGGCCGCUCGUGCCCGAGAUGUGUUUCAGUGCAGGUACAGCGAACACUGAGCCGCUUCCCUCCAUUGCCGAGACAAGCACACUGCUCAGCUGCACCUGCUGCAACCUGCAGGUCCAUGCUAGUUGCUAUGGCGUUAAGCCUGACACUCCACGUGAAAGCUGGAUGUGUUCUCGCUGUUCCACAGUGGCCUGGACAGCGGCAUGUUGUUUAUGUAAUCUCAGAGGAGGGGCUUUGAAGAUGACCACAGAUAACAGGUGGGUGCAUGUGAUUUGUGCCAUUGCGGUGGCCGAGGCUCGCUUCGUUAACGUUGUGGAGAGAGGGCCGGUCGACGUGUCUGCCAUCCCGGACACUAGGAAAAGUCUUAAGUGCAUCUACUGCCACAAGACAACAAAGAAGAUCUGUGGGGCGUGCAUCCAGUGUUCUUACGAGAACUGCGCCACCUCCUUCCAUGUCACUUGUGCGCACCUGGCUGGUGUUGUGAUGAAGCCCGCAGACUGGCCGUACGUCGUGUCCGUCACCUGUCACAAGCACAAACAGGUCAACGCAAAGCAGGUAAAGACGGUGACGCGCGACCUCUCACUGGGUCAGCAGGCCAUCGGUAGAAGCAGCGACGGCUGGUUUUAUCGCUGCACCAUCAUCGGGAUCGGUUCACAGACCUUCUACGAGGUCAACUUCGAUGACGGCUCGUACUGCGACAACGUUUACCCCGAGAACGUGCUGAGUCAUGACUGUUUGCGAAACGGCUCUCCUGAACUUGGUGAACUGAUGGUGAUAAACACGAUAGACGGACGUGUUCUUAACGCUUCUUUUGUCAAGGAGCAUGUGCACAAAUUUUACCAGGUGGAGUUUCAGGAUGAGACCCAGCUGUUGUUGAAGCAGAGUGAGAUUCACUCCCUCCAUCAGGAAUUGCCUAAGAGAGUGCUGUCUCGUCUGGCGACCGUCACCAAUGAUGGCUCUCAGGAUAAAGUUGGCGACGAGCCUCAGGCCGCAAAGCGUCCACGUUUGCCCGUUCCUUCUACCACGGCAGCUAUGGAGUCCCCUGAUGCCCCUCUAAUGCUUCAGGGGUCCUCCAGUGUCACUCCUUACUCAGGCUUCAGUGUUAACCCCGGCGCCGGCGCACCACCCUGCCUUUCCACCCAAUCAGCGCCUGUAUCCACCCCAGUGCCCCCCCUUUCCGCCGAAGAGAGCUACACACACAGCUCGAGCUACAUCGCCUACAUGGAAUCUCUGCUCAACUCGGACUUCCCCCCAGAGGACGGUGAACAGGAACAGGGGGCCAUGUAUUAGUGCUGACCCCAAUCCAAGGAGAACCUCCUGCAUGUUUUUGUUCACUCGCCUUUCUGUUUCUUUAUUUUUAAACCCUGACCUGUGCAUACAGUCAGGCAAUAGGAAGUGUGUGCGUGCGUGCUUUCUGGGCGUUCGGGGCCACCAUCCGUCAUGCAUUAAAUCCUAUCUGAUCCCUUGUACGUACACUCUCUCGCUCACUGAGAGAAAAACGAACAUGUUUUUGGACUAAUUAUUGUGCAACACACUUUAUACUGAACCAUAUCAAUCCAGUUUGAAGUAUUUUUAUAAGUUGAGCCACAACACACACACACACACACACAAAUUCUUCUGAAUUGGACAGUACAAAUGGACAGUCUGUUCCUGUACAGGAUUUUUUUUCUCUAUGUUGGAAGGGAUGGGUGGUUAAGCAUGGUUGGAGGGGUGGGGUUGGGGGGUGGUAAAUUGGGGUUUAACUCAAGUAUUUAAACGUCUUUGACACAUAGAUUUAUUAUUUGUAUAAAGCUUAUACGGCGCCGUUAGAUGCUCCACUCUUUUGCCUGAGAGUCGGUGUAGAGGUGAUGUGUUUAAGAAUUCUUGUUAAUGCUUAUAAUCAAUAUGUCAUGGUGUAUUUUCAGUGCCGGGUGUAUGGGCUUGUUUUGUAGCAGACUUCGUAAAAAAAAAAAAGGUGUAGACAUGAUUAUAUAUGAGCUUUACUGUUCACACUUUGUCCACUUUUAUUACGAUCACUGUAUUUUUGCUGUUAUUCCUUUCUGGUAGGUAUGCACCUACUCACCGUCUCAUGUUUCGAUAGAUUCUGAUUUUGGUAUUCCAAAAGCCGUUUGCUUUUUAAAGGACACCCCACUCGUCAUUGUUUUUGAGAUAUUGGAACAGAAAUGUACACAAUGUUUCCCCCCUAAUUGAACAGCUGUGAUACAAUAUUGGGCUAAUGGAUGUCUAUCUCACCCAAUUCACAAAUCUUUAUGUACAAAAUCUACUGUAUGUACAUUUUCAAACCUUGUUUUCGGGGUAGCGCUUCCUAUCAAGACUGCUACCAACCAGAGGGUACGAGGGCUCUCUCUUAUUCUGGGCUACAUGUAAAUGAGAAUUACUGCUCAUUCUGCACCAUACGACAAUAUAAAACAUACUAAGGAAGGCGAUAUGUAUGAAAGAUUAUGCCCUCUGAAUACAAGACCUCUCUGAUAUUUAUAAUUGGCUGGUGACACUGUGAUUGACAGCAGAUUGGGUAUACUAUCUCUCUCAGGCAGAGGACGCAGCCAGUUUUGCUCUUCUAGACUCCCAGCAUGUCGGCAUUUGGAAUUCAAUUUUAUGAUCUGGUAAUAGAUUGACCUUAUUUCUGUUGUGCUGGAUGAGAUUUUUUUUGUGUGUGUGAUAGACUUGCAUUACUUGUAUGUUACAUUAUCGUGAUAACAUACAGCUAAAUAAGAAAAUGUUGGACACUGAAUACACUUGAGGUGGAACAUUGUGUACAUUUUAAAUUUAACAAGGCAAAUUAAAGUACACAUUAGAAGCCAUUGUGAAUACCAAGAUAAAUAAUGAACAGCCUUCAAUCUGAAUCUGACAUUGUUCAGGCUGACAUCAGUGCGGUAUUGAUGUCCUACUCCUCUGAGUCAUCAAUGCAUUUCUACUUUCUAUAGUACUUACCCUGUUGGUGAAAAGAAUAGUGGCACAAGUUAUCUUUUUGUGAAAACGUGAAUAGAUGGAAAAACCCUGUAUAAUAUUAGCAUUAAAGUUGUGAUCAGGCUUUCUCAUGGUGCUACAAAAGUAUGAGAAGCCCUACAUCACACCAUCACACCCAUUUACAGACAUGCGCACAGAUGGUGUAUAUACCAUAAGCCCUGCUCAUUAUAGAGCUAUACCUAUAGUGUCAUGUACAUUAGGAACAUCCUACUGUGUCCUAUAUCUUUUUAUACACAUUUCUCUUUGUCUAUCACUUGGAUGGUGCGUUUGAGUUGCUCACACACAUUCACAUACACACACUCCGUUAGAAGAUGGUGACAGGCAGUCUGGCAAGCCAAAGAAUUUCUGAAAAAGGCAGUGUUAUUUCAGAAUUUCCCCAACAAGCUAAGAGCUUUUUGAGAGAUUAUUCCACGUCCCCCUCCCUAUUUGCUCAUCCAUUUGCUUAAGGAAGGCACUUCUUGGGCAUGUGUGCAGUUCAUGAAAAUAUGGGUCUACAUCCAAAACCAGUACCAUGAAAUUUGGUCUAUGGAAUGACCAACAAGGUGCUGGUUUUAGAUUUAGAACUGUAUAUAAAUUGGUUCUAACUGCUAAGGAAACAAGUCCUGAGCUGUGUGGUGAGUUUAAAAGAUUUGUUGGCAGGAGAAAUAAAAAUCAACAGGAAACUUCCAAUUUCCCACGACUGUAAUGACCUGAAUGGGAGCUACUUUAUGAAUGCUAAUUUUUAUUCAACUUAAAAUUAGAGCCAUAAAAAACCCCAAAGCACUUAUCUGCCCUCUUGCGCAUACAUGUUUAAAAGUGCACCAUAGAUUGCAUUAAUAAAAGCCUCGAUAGGUAACAAACACUUCUAAGGGAACAUACUCCCAGAUGUACUCCACAGCCUUGCAUUGACUUUUAUUUUAGCCUUUUUAAAUAUUAACAACAUAAUAAAUGUAUUUAUUAUUAUUUUUUUAUAUAUUAAAUUAUUUUCAUAUAAUAUUGCACUUGCUUGUUUAGAGAAAAAUGCUUAUAAUUUAGCUGAGUCUGUAAUACAACCAUAGUGUUGUAUACACUCAUGAGCAUGGUACAGUAUGGCCAUCUUCCUCUCUGACCUGGAUAUAAUCAGAUUAAUGGAGGAUUAGCUAACUUUAAACACUAUGUGCACAAGUUAAAAACAAAUUCUUUGGACGUUAAAAUAUCAUUCGCUUGAAUAGUUACAUUUAAAAUCUCUCAGCACUGAACUUGCAUUUAGUGUACUGGGAGAAAAAGGUCAAAAAUGGAGCCCUAAUAAUUUUGGUAUACAGUAGCACCCAAGGGGUUUAUGUCCCUGUCGACACAACGAUGUAAUAAACAAUCAUCUAUCUAGGGUUCUAAUAUGUAUAUUUAUGGUGUAGACAACAAGCAUUGUAAUUUGAAUAAAACCCCUCUUCGGAAACUACUUUGGCUCAUAAAAUGAUGGAAAAGCAGUCUGUCAUAAUUAUGUUUCUUCUGAAAGUCCUCCCUGCCUCUAAUGCUUUUUUUUCUAUGGUUUUGAUUCUCUCUCUCAGCUUCAGAGUGGGGAUUUUCUAAAACUCCAUGUUGCAUUCCUCCAUAUUUUAACUUAUAAGCCGGACUCGGUUGGUCUCUGAAGUGAGACGGUCGCUCCUCGUCUUCUUUCGUCUCCUGUUGUCUGUAAUCAAACGCACUGUUUGCUCACUCGAUGCCGUUGACUGCUUCACCGAGAUCACAGGCGGUUUUUGCAGAAAAUUUCUUCAGUUUGCAAUAACUUGGUAACCUCUCAAGAAGGGCAAGUCAACCCCAAAAUCACAAGUUCUGCUGUUUGUAGAUGUUCAUGAAUUACAGAAACUAUGGGAUAAAUUCUAUUAAAAUGUGAAGUGAA